UCCCACGCUCACCAAAUCUCUCGUUUCUUUAGAGACGAGCGCAGUCUUCUUUCUCUAGAAAAAUUGUUCAGGAUAUGUGUCCUGAAUUAACCUAGAAAGAUGGAAUGACUAGCAUUAUCACUGUCCUCACUGAUUGACAGAGAAGAUGAAUGAAUGGAACUAACUACUGCCAAAGAUGCAUUUGAUCGCGUUGUUGAGAAGCAAAACUUAUCUUUUUCUAAAUGCCAAGAAGUAAUCGAUCAAGUGAGCCAGGAAAUUGAGCAGGCAUUGUUAAAAAUACAUUCUGUGGAAGAUCCUAUGUCUCCCGUUGAUCAGAAAUCCAUCCUCACAGAACUGAAGCACAAGCUUAUUGCAAUUAGUCCUCUCAAGCUAUUAGAAGGGUCACAGAAGGAAUUGAAUUUAAACCUUAGCAAGUUCCCUAAGAUCCUUGAAAAAUCAUUUCCUGACAUAUCCAAGGCAUACAGGGAUGUUGACUUUGACUUUCAUAUAGUGAAUCAGAUAAUAGCAAGUCAUUUUUACCAUCAGGGAUUGUUUGAUCUUGGAGAUUGUUUCAUAAAAGAAUCUGGAGAACCAGAAGCAGCUGCUCUAAGAUCUCAUUUCCUGGAACUGCAUCAAAUACUUGAGGCGUUGAGGAUUAAAAAUAUUGAGCCAGCUUUGAAGUGGGCCUCCACCAACCGUGAAAAGCUAGUGCAGAAUGGUUCAAAUAUUGAGCUGAAACUUCACCAGCUGCAAUUUGUAGAGAUUCUAAAGAGAGGAAAUCGUGCUGAUGCCCUCAACUAUGCCAAAACUCACCUAGCUUCUUUUGCUUCUAGUCACUUGAAAGAGUUUCAAAAGCUAAUAGUUUGCAUAAUGUGGAUAGGCAGACUUGAAAACUGUCCUCACUCUGAACUGUUUACUCCAAUCCAUUGGGACAAGUUGACCGAGGAGCUGACUCGGGAUUUCUGCAACUUUGUCGGUCAGUCCCUUCAGAGCCCAUUAAGUGUGGCAAUAGUAGCUGGGAUUGAAGGUUUGCCGACUCUCUUGAAGCUGGCAAAUGUAAUGGCUGCAAAAAAGCAAGAGUGGCAGGCUUUGAAACAGUUGCCCGUGCCAGUAGAGCUGGGAAAGGAAUUUCAAUUCCAUUCUAUUUUUGUCUGUCCUGUAAGUAGGGAUCAAGGCAGUGAGGAAAAUCCACCGAUGCUGCUGCCAUGCCUCCAUGUUCUCUGCAAGCAGUCUAUCAUGAAGCUAUCAAAAGGCAGCUCCAGGGCAUUCAAGUGUCCUUACUGUCCAGCUGAGGCUUCAGCGACUCAGUGCAGGCAGCUAUAUUUCUGACAAAAUUUGCACUCCUGUGUAGGAAAAGUCUGGAGAUUUUGUGGAGGUCGGUGAUGAGAACAUGUUUUUGCUUGAGGUUGCUGUAUAUAAACAUUCUUUCCAGAUUUAUGUUUUGAUUUUCAGAUCUUUCAGUUGCUGAAAUCCCAAUUAUAUGGAUGUAAAUACAUAAAAAAGAACAUCAUGGACAUGUUACCUUGAUGUUCAACACUUUUAUCAUGACUGGACUAGGGCGUCAGCUUUCAGUUGAAA